AUGGAGCUUUUCAUUUUCUACAAAGGUUUUCUCGAGACAGCAUCAGUUAGAUUUGAGACAAGGAAAAACACACUUUGAUUAAGGUUUUGGGAUUUCUCAAAGACAAAGAACAGAAGUCGAUCUCAUAUUUUGCACAGUCCAAAUUAUCAUACUAAAGCUAAAGAAGAUAAACGGUGUUGAUGUUUUAACUCAUUGCUGAUUGGUUUCUAGCUGCUACAAAUCUUUCAUUCUGAGAAUAUCUCAGGCCAGGUGCGGUGGCUCACGCCUGUAAUCCCAGCCCUUUGGAAGGCUGAGGCGGGAGGAUCAUGAGGUCAGCAGUUCGAGACCAGCCUGAACAACAUGAUGAAACCCCGUCUUUACUAAAAAUACAAAAAAAAAAAAAAAAAAAAAAAUUAGCUGGUCGCGGUGGCGGGCGCCUGUAAUCCCAGCGACUUGGGAGGCCGAGGCAGGAGAAUUGCUUGAAACCAGAAGUCAGAGGUUGCAGUGAGCCGAGAUUGUGCCACUGCACUCUAGCCUGGGCAAUAAGAGCAAAAUUCCAUCUCAAAAAAAAGAAAGAAAGAAAGAAAGAAAUCUCCAUGAGAGGACCAGAAAUGGCAGCAGACAUACAUUUCUUCAACAAAUUGCUGUAUGUUUCUCUUAUUAUUUUGAGUCUGGAGUGUCUCCUGAAGAAAUACAAAGAGACUAACUUCAUGAGUGCAAUUUAACAUAUCUCUAAGAAGUAUCCAUUUGUGUAUAUGGAGAUCAAAACAUUUCUGCUUCUGUCAUGUAUUUUCUGAUUAAAUUUAGAUUCCUCCACGUGAAAAUGCCCUCCACAUAAUAUACCAUGAGUCUCAGAGAGGCACAAGAGAUAGGGAUAUUGCAAAGAGGCUGCAAUAUCCUUCACGACAGGAUCUCAACUCCAAAUGGAAAAAGAGUGUUCUGCAACCUCCACAAUGUAAAAUGAAAGUUAAUGUAUGGGAAAUAAAGCCUCCUGAUUUUAGCUACAAACUGUAUACUUCUUUGAGAAUUCCAGAAAGACCAUCAAAACCAAUUAAGGAAGAAAAAAGGAGGAAAAAAAUCAGUUUUCCAGAAACAAUGCUUCACUUGCCCAGCAUAAGGAAUCAUCCUAAGGAGGUCACAGCUCCUAAAUUUAUAACUACAUUUCCACGUCUGGAUUUACAAAAAGCAAAGUUAAUGUUUGUGAAGAGUGGACAAUAUCCAAGGGGUGUAUAUGUCAAUCCCAAACCACAUGACUUUCGACAGUACCAACCUGGUUUACCAAACUUUGAGACAACUUAUGAAAAGGACCCCUUUGGAUUAAAAUUUAAAUCACAACACUUAAGUACAGUACAUGGGUACCAGUUACCGAAAGAUAAUAAACAGAAGAAUACUACAGAAAGAUUUAUCACCCACAAGCAUCGUGAAUGCACCUGGGAUUCAAAACUAAUUUUGACGAAAGCCCCAUGGCCUGUUAGAUCUGCUUCAUAUACAAGACAUAGAAGGCAGCGUGAUGCAUACAGUGCAUUUAUGGAUCGUGUGGAAGAAAAGUUUACAAAGAUAUGCAAGAGCAGAUAGCUGAUGGACCAAAACAGCAUAGGGCUUCCUGAACUCUGGCCUGAAUGUUCAUCUCCCGUGCAUUUCCCAGUGAGAACAUUGAUGAAUUCUGGCACCUUCCUGGAUUCUACAGAAAUCUGCACUCUCCCAGAGACAUGAGAAAGUGCUAAAACAACAAAUGAAAGUUGCAUAAUUUGAAAUUCCCUUGUUACCACAUGGAUCAGAAUCCAAUCAUCAGGCUUUUGAUUUAGUUUGUGAAAGUUAGAUCUUGCAACUAUGAGUGGAAAUGCUGAUAAUGUGCUUUCUGUUAAUGUCCAAAGUUAAAGAGAUGCUCUAGUCUCAGGUAAAGCUAAUGUGAGACAAACAACAAUAAUGCUUACUAAUUUUGACCACCAUGUUUCUCUAAGGCCAAAGAUUGCAAAUUUUAUCUGUUUGCAUCCUUCAUAGAAAUAAGAAUUCUCUGGAUAUAGCAUACAUUCUACUAAAGGAUGACUGUUAUGCUGUGUGGGAAAGUAAUAGUUAAAAAUCAAAUAUUUUUACUUUAAAAAAUAGAGAACAAGGUAGCAACCAGAAUUGAAGUCAUUCAAAUAUAAAUGGGGCACUUUCCCAGAAGAUGUCAUCCAAAGACAAAAAAAUAGGAAAGUUUAAUUCAUGACACAGUGAAGUUCUUCUACGGUUUAAAUUGUUCCUGGAAAUAGAUUUUAUUUUCAGGAAUCAUAGGAUGCCAGGUGGUUAGUGAUAGUGUUUAUUUCUGAAAAAAAAAAGAAAAAGAGUAUAUGUAUGAGCUUUGUGUUCACAUAUACAAGGUGGCAUAGGUUGAAAUAAUCAACAUUUAUUUAGUAUGUUUAUGGCAUAUUGAAAUCAAUAUUUGAAUCUUCAUUUUUCAGUUUUUUCUAAUACACUUUAAGAAGCUUCUCUGAGACACUCAAGUAUAUCAAAAGAGAGAAGAUCUCCAAGUAACAGAAAUACUAAAUGUCCUUCUUAAAGAACACCAGGCUUGGAGAAUUUAUAGUUCCAACUAGAAGGAAAGGUCUGUCUUUUAACAUGUUAAAAUAAUUUUCUAAAUUUUUGUUUAAAUAUUUUGAGGGAAAGAAAACAAAUGACGUGAAACUUGUUUCUGAUCAAGAUUUGAUGAUUAUAAUUGAAAAUUAAUAAAAGGGGAGGGUAGGAUUUAAUGCUAUUGCCAGUUUUAUUGAAUGGAUUAUCCUAUCACCUUUCCAAUUUCACUAUGAAAACUACUGAAAUAAAGGCAAGUACGUAUUUAA